ACCAUGUUGACGUCCCUGUCUGUCACCUGGCAACCGCUGGCACCACCCCUGACGUCACUGCAGCGCCCGCCCUGCAUCCAGCCUCCUGGAAUGUUGUCAUUUCCUGUCUAAUUUUUAUGAAUGAAAGUGGGCUGGGAGUUUGAAUGUGCGCGUUCGAUGGAGUUCUGGCAGAGGUGGGAAGAGGUGAGCGCGCGCAUUUAGCGACUGCUGUGAUUGCUGAGCUUCCUGGGCUCUGAGCAGCCUGGCCUGGAAUUGUGGAACGGGACUGCAUUCAUGUGCGCAUCCAGAUGAAGAUAGUGCUCCAUGCUGCGGGUGUCUGUGAGCUCUGGAGUAACUCUGGGCUAUCCACCUGUUGUCUCCACAGAAGCAGUCUGUGGGGACAGUGGCCUCCUGGCAAGACCCUCCUGCGGGAACAGAAGCCGAGCCUGGCCGCCAUGGAUCGCUGGGCUGUGCGCCUGGUCCUGGCUUCUGGCUGUGAGCUGGUGAAACAGGAAGGGAAUUCACAGGCCAGUAAACUGAAUCCUGUUCCUUAAAGACACAGGCUGGGCUGAGAAAAGACAAAGACCUGGUAGAGUUUACAGAGUUCUGGGCUGGCGCUUUCCCAAGGAACAUUAAUGAUCAAGUUGCAGCUGGCUGGGGUCAAAGGCUAUGGGAUGGGCGGGGCUAGGUCCCAGGGUAACUUGAUUUUUUGUUUGUUUGUUUGUUUGUUUUUUAAUUUUGUUAAUUUCUGUAGUAGUUUUUUUAAUUGCUUUACUUUAGAUGCUUAGUGUUUCAAUUACUGUGCAGUAAAGGGACUUUUCCCCAAUCUCUUUGGUAUUUUGCAUGCUUUUACAUUAACUCUGGCUAUAUAUUUAUAAUAACUCUGGCUAUUCUUACACAGGCACCUUCUUUAGUUUAGGACAUUUUCAUUUAGGAUUUUAUUGGAAAUGUUUUCUAGAUAUUUAUGCUGAUUGAUCUUCUUCACUAUCGCCCUCACCUUCUCCUUCUGAGGUUUUCCUUGUGGGUGUGCAGCUUGAAUGCUUCUCUGUGUCCUGCUCUGAGCUCUGCUGUUGUGUGCUGUGAGGGGACCUCAGGGAAAUGCUGAAAUCAAGACAUGGCAAAAGCCACGCUGCACCUGCGAAUCCGUUUCCUGUGGCUGCAAAGGCGAGUUCGCUGCAGGACGCCAACAUGGACGCCGACCUCGACAGCAUCUUGUGCUGGUUCUGGACAGCAGAGGGUUCUUUAAACACAAAAACAGGAGAAGGGGUAGCCUACAGAGGCAGAAUCUUGGUUGAACUGAACAUGUUCCUUGAAAAGAAACCACCAGAAAAGAAGUUUGAGCCCAUUUCAAAUGAUGACCUUCUGGUUGUUGAGAAAUACCAGCGAAGGCUGAAGUGCAGCCUGUCUGCCGUCUUCCAUUCAGCCAUCAUGUUGCAAGAUGUCGGUGAGGCCAUUCAGUUCGAAGUCAGCAUCGGGAACUAUGGCAACAAGUUUGAUGCAACCUGUAACCCUUUGGCAUCAACAACUCAAUACAGCCGGGCAGUGUUUGAUGAUACACACCUUGCCUGUCACAGAAGGAAAAACCAACGUCACAGUCCUAGAUACUCAGAUCCAAAAGUUGCGGUCCAGGUUUCUCUCGCAGAUACAUGAGGCAGCUCUGAGGAUGAGAUCUGAAGCCAUGGAUGUGAAAUCCACCUUGCUGGAGAUCAAGGAGUGGCUCGAUAAAUUGAUGCAGCUUACUGAAGAGGUGAUGCUUGAGAGGCAGAGGAUACUUCCUAAAAUACCUUUCAGAUCCGAGUUCCUAUUGGGAAGACCAUCAUAUUGAAGAACAAGGUCAAACUUCUUGAAGUCCUGAAAGAAUAAUGAUACCUAAAGCCUAAUGCUGGGGAGAAGAAAAGUAGAUGGUGCUUCAGUUCCCAGGCUUGGAGUCUGAGGUUGAGACCAUGAAGGAGAGAGAAGAUGAAGAAAGAAGACUGUGCCAUGGGGCAGGUGGAUUGGCCAGGAGGACUGGCCUGGUGUAUGAGCAGUCUAGGUAGAACAUGGAAAAUGAUAUCUCACAGCUAUUAACAGGAACUAUACAAAAUAGUCAGUCCAACUGCAAUAAUUUAAAUCUUAUUAUAAAUACCAAGUCCUUUGUGCUAUAUUUGGUACCUUUUUGAUUCAAGUGUGGUAAUAAAUAAAUAAAUAAUAUUUACCACAUCAA